AUGGCACUUUACUUCUCACCACCACCUAGAAGGGCACGUCGGGCACGUAGCCCUAAUGAUGAGCUAGGGGUAGUCGAAGGGAGGCGGCUUCGGUUUCUUCGAACUGCUGAGAAGUUGUCCCACUACGACAUUUUGAGUCCCAUCGGAGAAGGCGGCCACGGCAAGGUUAGCCUUGUCCGUACCAAGCAUGAUAAGCAGCUAUACGCCUUGAAGCAGAUCUCCAAGCUCAAGAUUGGGGACGAGCUUGCGGGGGCGCGUGCUGAACGGGAUGCUCACGUUGAGUGUACCAGCGAAUGGGUUGUCCGACUCCAUGCGGCCUUCCAGGACCAAGAGUCCCUUUAUAUUGUCAUGGAAUACUGCCCCGGUGGUGAUCUCCUAUCACUGAUUUCAAAGAACGGUCCCUUCUCGGACCGCUGCGCAGCAUUCUAUGCAGCCGAAAUCAUCAUGGGGGUUGACGCGCUCCACCAGCUCGGCUUCAUGCACCGAGACCUCAAGCCGGACAACGUCUUGAUAGCUUCCAAUGGCCAUCUCAAACUUGCUGAUUUCGGAACUGUGAAAAGUUCCCGGGCCGCUCACGACUACGCUUACUACGAACCUCUACUCCACGCCUGCGGACAGAAGGGCUCCGCACAGCGCCCGAGGCUCAAACACUUUCACCUGAAGCGUGGCUCAGCGAAGCGUGUUGGAAAAUGCGCGGCCGCACCCUUCACUACGUACACAGCCGUCAGUACCUACCAAUACGCCGCGCCAGAGACCUUUACGGGGGAGGGAUACUCAUUUGAGGCCGAUUGGUGGUCAUUGGGGGUUAUCAUAUAUCUGCUUCUUCUUGGCCACCUGCCCUUCUGGUCUGACACCAGCGACGAUGAUCUCAUUGCCAUGAUCGUGGAUUGGAAGACGAACUUGUCUUUGGGAAAUAGGGUGAAUGAUGACGGUUGCGCUCUUACUGACCAAGCAAAGAACAUCAUACUAAGUCUGCUAUGUGAUUGUCAGGACCGCCUUGGACGCAACGGGGUAGCUGAGAUCAAAGCACACCCAUUCUUCCAAGGGUACAAUUUCGACAGACUGUUAGCAUACACCCCGCCGUACAAGCCAAGCCUCGCAUUGGGACUAACGAUGGACGAUGUUGUUCCUCCCGCCGUCCAGACAGACCCGGGACCAGAAAUGAGCCAACGGAUGCCAUCAGAAUCCGAGCUGCCGUUUGUUGGGUAUGAGUUCAAACGCCUUGACAAGGUAACCUGGUGA